ACCAAUAAGUUUUGAGACCUAGAUCAUGACAGCAUCUUGAUUCCAAGGUUAGAAAAACCAAACAACAUUCGAGUUUUUGCAACUAAGAAAACACUCUCUUGCUGGAUUUCACCAGUACUGUAGAGCCAGAAGAGUAGGGCAGUGUAGUUAGAGAGAGAGAGAAUGAAGGAAAGAGGCGGGAAAGGAGGAGGUCAGCCGUCGGUGAACGAACGAUACACACAGUGGAAGUCUCUCGUUCCCAUUCUCUACGAUUGGCUCGCUAAUCACAAUCUCGUUUGGCCUUCUCUUUCUUGCCGAUGGGGGCCGCUACUAGAGCAAGCUACAUACAAGAAUCGCCAGCGACUCUACCUCUCAGAACAGACCGAUGGUAGCGUUCCAAACACGCUCGUGAUAGCAAAUUGUGAAAUUGUUAAACCAAGAGUUGCAGCUGCUGAACAUAUAGCACAGUUUAAUGAAGAAGCACGAUCUCCCUUUGUAAAGAAGUUUAAAACCAUUAUCCAUCCUGGAGAGGUAAAUCGGAUCAGGGAGCUUCCUCAGAACAGCAAAAUAGUAGCCACACACACAGACAGUCCCGAUGUUCUUAUCUGGGAUGUUGAAGCUCAGCCCAAUCGCCAUGCUGUCCUGGGAGCCACAGAGUCCCGUCCUGAUCUGAUCUUGACCGGUCAUCAAGAAGAUGCAGAAUUUGCUCUUGCUAUGUGCCAAAGCGAACCCUUUGUACUCUCUGGAGGCAAGGACAAGUCUGUUGUGUUGUGGAGUAUUCAUGAUCACAUCUCCACUUUGGCAACGGAUUCCGGAGCAACGAAAUCUCCGGGAUCUAAUGGCGGUAAAAGCCCGAAGGCUGAUGAGAAACCUACUGAGAGCCCUAAAAUUCAAGCAAGAGGUAUCUUCCAAGGGCAUGAAGAUACUGUGGAGGAUGUUCAGUUCUGCCCUUCUAGUGCACAAGAAUUCUGUAGUGUUGGUGACGACUCUUGUCUUAUUCUAUGGGAUGCGAGAACCGGGUCUUCUCCGGUUGUCAAGGUCGAGAAAGCGCAUAAUGCUGAUCUCCAUUGUGUUGAUUGGAACCCGAUUGAUGAAAAUUUCAUUUUAACAGGGUCCGCUGAUAACACUGUUCGUUUGUUUGAUCGUCGAAAUCUUACUUCUAAUGGCGUUGGAUCACCCGUGCACAUAUUUACAAACCACAACGCCGCUGUCCUUUGUGUACAGUGGUCUCCAGACAAAUCGUCCAUCUUUGGAAGUUCGGCUGAGGAUGGUGUCUUGAACAUCUGGGAUCACAAUAAGAUUGGUGAACGCUCUGGUCCUGCCUCGAAAUUUGCACCAGGCUUAUUGUUCCGUCACUCUGGGCACCGGGAUAAGGUGGUUGAUUUUCACUGGAACUCACACGAUCCAUGGACGAUUGUGAGUGUAUCCGACGAUGGUGAAAGCACCGGUGGUGGUGGAACGCUACAGAUAUGGAGGAUGAUCGAUUUGAUUCAUAGACCACAAGAGGAAGUCAUCAACGAGCUCGAGAAAUUCAAAUCUCACAUCCUAACUUGUUCAUCUCCGUAGGGUAUAACUCUUUGAGCGUUGAAUGUAUCGUGUUUUAAGUUCCGUUUUAGGGUCGGGAUUUGGAUCAUGUUUUAUAUCUUUGUAGAAACACACUCACUUGUGGCAAUCUUUGCCUUUAGGACACAUUUGGUGCUCUAUUCAUCUUCAUGGUGUAUUUCCAGUAAUCUUCUGUAAUAUUCCAGACUAACCGUACUAGAUUUUGUCCGUUUAUAAAACAACAGUCGUUUCCCUCCCC